CUGGCCAAGUUGGAGGAGAAUGCUCCCGAUCAAAUUGAAGUCUUCAAGACCAACAUGAAUAAGGUAAUGAAGGAAAUCCUUGGCCGCUUCAAAGACUUGCAGUUCUACACUGGCGAAUCAAUGAACUGCGAUGGUAUGGUAGCCAUGUGUGAAUACCGUGAAAUCGACGGCACCAGCACACCCGUGCUCAUGUUCUUCAAGCAUGGACUCGACGAAGAGAAGUGUUAAAAAAAUAGAUACCUAAAACGAAAAUCACACCACAUAUACAUUAAUACUAAUUAUAUUUUGUUUAGUAAAUACCAAUUAAUUGCAAUUGUAACGAUUCAUUUGUCAUAUUCGUUUUGUUCGGACACGAAUUUAUUAUUGUCACUUGGAACUUGCUGCUACAUAUAUAUUUCGUCAAACUUUGAAUACUAUAAUCCGUUCAACCGUAAUGCUAAUCAUUAUAGUAAAAAAUUAUGUAUUUUAAUUUUUAUAUAAAAUGUGAAGAACAUUCUCUCCAUGUAUGCUAAUCAACUAGCUUGUUCUGCUACGCGAGUUAUCAAAUGCAGCGAUGACAGCCUAGUAAAUAAUGAAAGAACUCUAUUUGCAGCGUACAUACUCGAGUACUUUUUAUAUAUAUAAAUUUUUUGGUAUUUGUCUUUUAAUUUGUUUAAGUAAGAAAAA